CUUACAAUGAGCAGACAAUUUUCUCUGUUGGACAUACUGCAUACAAUUCAGGGAAAAGUUUAUGCCCUUGUGGAGUUGACAUUCUAUGUCAGGAAUGUAGACAAGGAAUGAGGUAAAUAGUAAGUUGCUUUUCUGUGGGAUGACCAGAACUAUGGAGAAAAAUAAAGCAGGAAGAAGGCAGAGCAUGAGUGUGGUAGAAGGACACAAGGCCUCACCAAGAAGGUGCCUUGGCACUCCCUUGCCAGAAGGGAUGAGGGAGCAAAGGCUGCAUAUAUCUAGGGGACAGCUAAUCCCCAGGCCCCAGAGGAAGGGAGCCCGGUGUAUUUGAGGCCACUGUGGCUGGUGCAGAGAUGAGACAGGAACAGCAGGAGGUGAGGGGGUGCAGGGAGCAGAUCUUCUAUACACAUCAAGGCUUGAUGAGAGGCAAUGUUUCAUCACCAUCUGGAAAGACAAGUCCUAUGAAGUGAGUGGAGAUGGAAUGUCCAGGUACCACCAUUGUUUGAGGUGCCUUGGUACCCAAUGCCCACAUGGAGGAAGGAGAGAUGAGCUGGGAAAAGAAGGCAAAACCCAGCCAGGAGGGCCCCACAUGUCUCUGACCCAGACCUUAUCAAGGAUGCCUGUGGCCUCCAUUUUGCUAAAUGCAAUGACAUUUUAUCUGACCACAUUCACCCAGCAGCAGCUUUGGACCAGAUUAGCCACUCUUACUUAUAACACUUUGCUUCUAGACUUUAUGUCCUCUGGGUUCUUCUCAUUUUCUUCAUUGGAUCCUCCUGCCCAUCUUGGAAAUGUUUCAGUGCCUGGCCAGCUCCUCUCUCUGCAGGUUCCAAUACUUGUGGACAAGGGGGAUGCUGGGGUGAAGGAGCUGGACAGCUUGAACAGUGACCGGCUGAGAACCAUCCAGCUCAACGUCUGCAACAAUGAGGAGGUGGAGAGAGCAGUGGAGACCGUCCACUCAAGCCUGAAGGACCCUGAGAAAGGGAUGUGGGGGCUGGUUAACAAUGCGGGCAUCUCGACAUUUGGGGAGGUGGAGUUCACCAGCAUGGAGACCUACAAGGAGGUGGCGGAAGUAAACCUCUGGGGCACGGUGCGGACAACGAAAUCCUUCCUUCCCCUCCUUCGAAGAGCCAAAGGCCGUGUCGUCAACAUCAGCAGCAUGCUGGGCCGCAUGGCCAACCCCGCCCGCUCCCCAUACUGCAUCACCAAGUUUGGGGUGGAGGCUUUCUCUGACUGCCUGCGCUAUGAGAUGUACCCGCUGGGUGUGAAGGUCAGUGUGGUGGAACCUGGCAACUUCAUCGCUGCCACCAGCCUCUACAGCCCCGAGCGCAUCCAGGCCAUUGCCAAGAAGAUGUGGGACGAGCUCCCUGAGGUUGUCCGCAAGGACUAUGGCAGGAAGUACUUCGAUGAGAAGAUCGCCAAGAUGGAGACCUACUGCAACAGCGGCUCCACAGACACAUCCUCCGUCAUUGAUGCUGUCACACACGCCCUGACAGCCACCUCUCCCUACACCCGCUACCACCCCAUGGACUACUAUUGGUGGCUGCGAAUGCAGAUCAUGACCCAUUUACCUGGUGCUGUCUCUGACAGGAUCUAUAUACACUGAAGAGUGACCUUUUGGGGAGCCCUAGAGGGAGGGAAGAGAAUGGGGGAGGGAACACAUAUAGUCACCUUUUGAUUAACCACUUGUGGAUUAUCUCAUGUCCUAGGAGGCCCCAUUUUAGCAUUAACCAGAGGGGAUAACUCAGCCUGACAUGUUAAUGUGGUGAGUAGCUCAGGCCUUCACAAAUGGGAUGGGGUGGGGGGCCCUAACUAAGCCUCAGGGCAAACAUGGUGUAUCUAUCUAAAGUUUAUUUCAUACAAAGAUUUUUGGAGAAAUGUCUUUAUAUUAAAAACAGAUUUAUUCUAGAAUAGAAUCCAGGUUCCUUUACAUUUUAAGCCAAAAACAUCAGUUCAAAAAAAUUUGAUCCUUAAACCUGCCUCAUGAGUAAAGAAGGACGGAUUUUUUUUUCUUCUGUACAAAUAAUCUGUAGCUCUGAGAGAACACAUGAAUUAACCCUUUUAUUGCUUAGGAGUGGCCCAUGUUUUGUUUUUCUGCCACAGAUGUACAAACCCUUCCCAUUUGCAUUCCGGAGCCACUUUGGAUCCCUUUAUCCAGGAAUCCUCUGGCACCUCUGUCUUCGCCUGAGCUUUGCAUACCAAGUGCCCACUGUAUACCUCUUUGCACAUCCAUGGUGCUAUAUGACCAGCGGGCAGCCAGUGAUUGACAGUAGGCUGUAUGGCAGGGGUGUGGAUCAUUCUGGAGAUUUCCAUUUGAGAUUUCUCCACUGUCUUUGAGGACUUGGUCUAGACUUGUGUGGAAGUGCUCCAUAGUUGAGGGAAGUUUGUUGGUAACCUUGGUUUUACCUGCAGUGGGACUGGUACUGACUGGGGUUGCAGAUGGAGCAUCAGUGCCAAGGCCAGUACUGUGGCACCUUCUUCCAGUGGUGGUCUGGGUGCCUGUCUGUCUGUGUGGUACACACACACACACACACACACACACACACACACACACAAUCACACACUCACACAUGUGUACUCACACAUGUUCAUUGAUGGCUUGUUUUUCCGCUAUGGCCAUAUUUAUACUUCUCAAGUUUGUGUUUGAAGCCUACCAUCCCUACAAUUGAGCAGGACCUGGAUAUUUGGACCCAAACAGGGACCACCAUCUUCCAGGUGACUGCAAGCCUCUGGGAGGUCCUGAGUGCCAACUUUGAAAAUCAAAUUAAACUAGCAUUUCCACCUCUCCCAGGAAGAGCUAGGCCUGCCGCUAGAGGGAGCCCAACUCCUCUGCAGCUAAGCCCCAACUCUGAACUUCCAUGCAAGCCUGAGGUCUCUCAAAGGGUGUGUGAUUCCCACCUGGGAGAUUGCCUGGGGGAAAAAAAAGCAAGGCCCCUUUAGAAACAGUAUUCCUGCCCUCUUAGCAGCUGCCUGGCUUGACCCUGGAGCAUGGUGCCAGGAGAAAGCAGGAGUCUCCUAGCAGCUGGAACAGGCCAUGGGCACAGAGAGUGCCAAGGCAGGGUGGCUCACAAAGAGCAGAUUCAGCUGGCCUGGUGGGCCUUUGUCCCCUUGUCUUCAACAGGGAUGCUCUGUCUUAGCUCCUGACUGCAGGGUGAGAUAGAGAGGGCCUAGGGGGCAGGAGGGAGGCAGGGCCUCCAGAGCCCAGAGUGGACCCUUGAUAACCAUUGUAUUUACAUAUCAAUGAGAUGCUUUUUUUGUAUCACCGAGCUGGCCUCCAGCAGAGGCUUUCAAAAUCACACUGUACAUAUUAGGAGGAUUGGUUUUCAUGCUUAAUAAAGGAAAAUGAAUUGAU